AUGCCCCGACGCAACACCUCCAAGUUCCGAGCCGCCGCAGAAGAAGACUUCGCAUUCCCCGCCACACCAUCCGCAUCUUCACCUGGUCUACCCAACGCCAACACCACCAACUACACCUACACUCCCUCCCCAUGGCCAUCUCCAUCCUCCUCUUCAACUUCGAUCCCCACUCCCUCCCAUUUCCACGACGCACCAGAAACACCCACAUCCUCACCACCGCCUCUCUUCUCCAGCACCAACAAACCCUCCAACACCUCCGCAUCUAAAGGAAAGCAACUAGCACCAGCUUCUCCACCAACGCCCUCCCGCCUCCCCAGAACCAUCAACGUCAACGUCAAGCCCACUCCGAACCCCAGCCCCAGUACAAGCACGAGCAACCUCCUCUCUUCCCGCAUCGCGUCCUAUGAAGCACGCACGGCAUCUGCGCGCUCGCCCACGCGCGGUGCGACGAAGGGACGGAGCACGUCUGUGGAUCCGACGUUGAUGGGGUUUGGCAAGUACUAUGAUGCUGCUACGAAGAAGUUUUGUGGUGGGGAUGGAGAAGAGGCGGUUGAUGAGGGGAUUGAAGAAGGGAAUGAGAGUUUGGGGGAGAGGCGGGGACGCAGUCAGACUAUGAUACGUGAUACGGUAGAAGAAGAGGAGGACGAUGCUGUGUUGUCGAGGAUACCGUCUGUGGCAUGGCCUCCGGGUGUGUUUCCUCCAGGUUUCGAAGCGGGCGAUCGACGUGAUGCGAAGAAGCUUCUGGACGGAGAGAAGGAUGGUGUCGUUGCAGUCAGCCCCUCUGUCGCGCCGUCUGAUUCCUGGCUCGCGUCGCCCGAUGCCGGGCAAGAAGAGGAGGCGAGGGAGUAUUGGGAUGGUGUGUUGGCCCAUGUGAACGAGGCGGGUGAUGAUGCGCUGAGGGAGAAGAAGCAAGUCCUAGGCUACCCUUCCGACAACAUGGACUACCACCGCAGCAGAAUGCCUGCCCGCGACGAACACAGCGAGCCAACCGAGUUCUCAGAGCGAAAAGCCAACAGAGACAAAGUCAUGCAGGUCCUCAUCAACAGUGUGUACCCCAAGCACAAAGUCGAAGGCGCAUCCUUCGACAACACCGAGGUCUUGAAUGAGGAUCGCAGAAAGCGGGCAAUCUGUAUUGAUGACCCAGAUGCCGACGCAUCUCCGCCGUCCACCCGUGACCACUGCGAAUACGUCACGUUGCCGCUGCACGACCGACUGAGGAACAAGCUGCCUUCGCCAAGCAUCUUCACGCCCUGGACAUACCGGUCAAAGUACCACGAGCUUCGAGCUGUCGAGAUGGCUAGUAUGAGCCAAGAUCUGCCGCUCAAAGACGACUCGCUCAAAGCGCGAGGCAUGCACUACGACAACAAUAGAGCGGUGCUCGAGGCGGCGCUGGGGGAAGACAGGAUCUUGAGGAAAGAGCCACAUGUCGUCGAUGCGCUCAGGUGCCACUACGGCCACAAUCUCAAGGCACCGGGAAACAUGUCGUGUGGAACGCAUCAUCCGCGAAUGAUAUCCGAUGUCGACACGAUGCAGUACUUGCUCCUCGGGCAGCAGGAGCUGAGACGCGAUAUCGAGCGCCUCGAGUGCGUGAGGCGUGCUGUAGGAACCUCCAUCUCAACGGUGCGUUCACUGCCGACCCGGUACCGUGGACAGGCCAGCGGAAAGGUCUUGGAAAGAAAGACCCUAGAAGACGAACUUAACGACCUCGCGAAAAAGGCAUUGAUGGUGGAGGACGACAUGUCCGAUGUGCCCGUGGAUGAGCCGCUUCCAGUCAGUUCUGAGCAGUACCGCACCUCAACCAGCCUCGAUACCAUUGUGGAGAGUCCGCCCAGAGCCCGUAGCUUGAGCAUUGGGACGGCACUCUAUGUGACUGAAGAGUCUACCCCUUUCGUCGAGCAGCCGAGACCACGUCAACACGUUACGUCGAGAUCAUCCUCAGUAUACAGCGGCGGUGCUGCAAAGACGAAGAGAAGUGUUUCCAUCCCACCCGCUCUGCCUAGGCAAUCAGAGAACAGCGACGCCGGAGGUGUUCAGCCCCGGGAAAAGGAUCGUGCUUCUCAUAGAAUUAUGCAGAGUAUCCGAUCAUUCCACAACCGCGGUCGGUCACGUCCUGCGUCGUCAGCCGGUAGCGAGUCGAGUCGUACGGGGAGGCGUGAAGAACGUGGGAGAAGGGAGGGUGUCGUCACCAGUCCGACCCGGCAGGACGAGGAGAGGUAUCCCAAACGCCAGAACAUCGUGCAGCAGUGA